AUGGACACGGUAGAUGCAGCGAUAGUUAGCAACGUGAAGUACGCCAUUUCGCCAAUUUCACGAGAGGAAAGUGGACGCAAAUGUCCCACAGACUUCUGGAAUGAUCAAGCAGUGGAAGAAAAAGAAGGAGACAAGACCGUCUGUGACUUCGAGAACCAAAAUCAAGCAUCCCCAGACGAGGAGGAGGCAAACAGCGAGAAGGACAUCUUUGACGUGAUCCACGGUGAAGAAAAUUUGACUGAGGAAAUUGAUUGGAAGAUAUGCUGUCCAGUUCUACCAGAUGAAGUAGCUGUGUGCGGUGGGGAGGAAGUCGGGAUGGAAGUUGAUCAAAAAGAAAACGAACACGAUGCCAACGUAGAGGAACUUGCAAAUGCUGAUCUAGCAGCAGGUGAUGGCGAUGAAACAUGUAAACAGAUAGUUUCCGGGGAAACUAGUCAAGAGAAUACUAACGAAGAAACCUUUGCGUCACCCACAGAUAAACAAACUAACGACGAAAAGAUGAUCCAGUGUGAAGAGAAUUUGACCAAUGAAAAUGAUAAGGAGAUGGUUUGUCCAGUUCUGCCAGAUGAAGAGGAAGGCAGGAUGGGGGAUGAUCAGAAGGAAAUAGAAGACGGCGUCAGCGAAAAGGAUCUUGCAGCUGGUGACAGCGAUGAGACAAGUGGGCAAGUGGUUUCAGAGGAAGUUGAUCUUGAGAAUACCAGUGAAAAAACUGCUGAGUCAUCUAUCCAUGAACAAACUAAUGACGUCAAGGCGGUCCAGUCGGAACAUCUGGAUCCUUCCGCUGUCGACGAGGCAAACCAACCAUGUGGAGUCAUGUCCGAAUCUAUGAAAACCACAGAGACAGCCAACGAGUCGCAAAAUGAGUCAGUUGUCGAACACGAAGUGGGCCCGGCAGAAUUACCUGCCUCGUUUGCUUCUGUCACGGGUAGGCCACGCAAAACAGCUCAUGGGAGGUCAAGAGUGAAGCUGCUGACAUUCAAACUCUUAAAACGGUUGGGUUAUUUUGAAGAUCGUGAGAAGAGUGGAAACUACUCAAAGGCGAAUGUGAGUUCAGAAUCUCUGGCUGGUAAUUGUCAGUCAUCGGCCGGUCUAACUGAAUCCACACAAAGGAAGGCCCACGAGAAAGCAUCACUGAGGACUGUGUUAUCCAGAUUUAUGACUAGGCUGCGCUCUCAUGGCAUUUUUGCCGUGUUCAAGAGUCACAAGACGAAAACUAGAAUGGAGCGCACGGAAACACCUCACAUUAUUGAAUUUCAGGAACAAUCUGUUCCAGCUUCAGUCAUGGAACAUCCACGAUGA